GCAGGGACUUGGAAACAGAAAGGAAAAAGAAGCCCACAUUCUUAACACAAGACUUCCUUGGGCAUGCAAAAUGUCCAGUGAUGAUGUCAAAAAGACCAGAAAUUAUUUUAUUACUUUACUGUAGGUAAAUGAAGAGAGAAAGAAAAGCAAAAAAAGAAAAGUAAUAGGCUGCUUGUAGCGGGCGUGAUGGCUUCAAGGUUACUUCGUGGAGUUGGAGCGCUGGCCGCGCAGGCCCUCAGGGCUCGUGGUCCCAAUGGAGUUGCUGCGGUGCGCUCAAUGGCAUCUGGAGGUGGUGUUCCUACUGAUGACAAGCAGGCGACAGGGCUGGAGAGGGAGGUCAUGAUGGCUGAAAGGAAGGGGCUGGACCCAUACAAUAUUCUAGCCCCAAAGGCAGCUGCAGGCACCAAAGAAGACCCUAAUUUAGUCCCAUCUAUCACCAACAAGCGAAUAGUGGGCUGCAUCUGUGAAGAGGACAAUAGUACCGUCAUCUGGUUUUGGCUGCACAAAGGCAAGGCCCAGCAAUGCCCUAGCUGUGGAACCCAUUACAAGCUGGUGCCCCACCAAUUGGCCCACUGAGCCUUUGCACUAAUUUACUCAAAAUGUGCUGUGAAGUUUCUUCUUUCCAAUAAAGACUAGCCAUUGCAUUGGCUCCUUCUCCCAUAAAAAAAAAAAAAGAAAAAAGAAAAAGAAAAGUAAUACUGUACCUCCUUUUAAACCUAACGUGAACACUUGAAUUUAGAACAGAUUCUAUUCUAGGCUUGAAACUUUAUUCUUAUUCUUUAGCGUUAAGUGAAAUUUGAGACAAUUGUGAGCAAACUGGCCAAUGCUGUCAUCAUCAAUAAAUAUUUAUUUCUCAAUGAGGACAUGGCACUAUAUGAUAUACAGUGAGAAUUAUAGCUCAAAUUACAUAGGGCUUAUAGCAGGAGGCAAAAAAUUCAAAUGCCCGUGUCAGCAUAAGAAAUAUAGUCACCAGUAUUGGGACAGAUGGUAGCUACACUUCUGGUGAACAUAGCAUAAUGUAUAAAUCCCUAAGUAGUAUACUUGAAACUAUGUGUGUCAACUAUACAAACAGGAAACAAUAAUAUUGUAAAUAUUUGAAAGUUGCUAAGAGUAGAUCAUGGAAGUUCUCAUCGCAAGAAAAAAAUUAUAACCAUCUGUGGUGAUGGAUGUUAACUAGACUUACUGUGAUGAUCAUCUUGCAAUAUAUACAUAUAUAAAAUCAUUACAUUGGGGCACCUGGGUGGCUCAGUCGGUUAAGUGUCUAACUCUUGGUUUCGGCUCAGGUCACAUCAUGGGUCCUGAGAUCCAGCCUCACAUUGGGCUCUGCAGUAAGGGCAGAGUCUACUUGGGGAAUUCUCUCCCUCUACUGCUCCCACCACUCACAUGUGCACACGCACUCUCUCUCAAAUAAAUAAAUAAAUCUUGGGGUGCCUAGGUGGCUCAGUUGGUUAAGCAUCUGCUUAUGGCUCAGGUCAUGGUCUCGAGAUCCUGGGAUUGAGUCCACAUUGGGCUCCCUGCUCAGAGAAAGUCUGCCUCUCCCUCUGCCCCUCGUCCCCUCUCAUGCUCGCUCGCUCUCACUCUCUCAAAUAAAUAAAUAAGAUCUUUAAAAAUAAGUAAACAGUUUUUAAAAACUAAAAAAAAAGUCAUUACAUUAUACAUCUAAAACUAAUAUGUCAAUUAUACCUCAAUUAAAAAGAAAAAAAAAUAGGCAGCCCGGGUGGCCCAGUAGUUUAGCGCCACGUUCAGCCCAGGGCCUGAUCCUGGAGACCUGGGAUCAAGUCCCAUGUCAGGCUCCCUGCACGGAGCCUGCUUCUCCUUCUGCCCGUGUCUCUGCCGCUCUCUCUCUCUCUCUCUCUCUGUGUCUCUCAUUAAUAAAUAAAAUCUUAGAAAAAAGAAACAUGGGAUGCCUGAGUGGCUCAGUACUUCAGUGUCUGCCUUUGGCUCUGCUUCUGUCUCUAUCUCUCAUGAAUAAAUAAAAUCUGAAAAAAAAAAAAAAAAGGAAACAAACCUUAAAAAAAACCUUAAACACCUGUCAGGCCAGGAAGACUAUAUAUGAAUAAAAUAACACAGCAAAUAGGUAAGAAUAUACGUUUGUGUUUGUAUACCUAUACAUACAUAGACAUACAUAUGUACAUACAUAUGAAAGUUAUACAUAAUUGAAAUAUUUAAUGGAUUCUGAAGGUGGGAGAAAAAAAAUACACUAUGUUACAAAAUACUAAGUCAAAUGCUUCUCAGUCACAUAGAUAAAACCUCAUGGGAAAUGAUGAGAUUAAUUUUUUUUAGAUUAAUUCUAAAUUAAGCAAAAGUUAAGACUUUGCAAUCAAAGCAACAGCUGAGUCAGGUUAUUUGAUUCUUGCUUUCUUUUACUCAACGCUUUGAGUGCCUACCUGCACUGGUCCCUCUGCUAGUGAGGAUGUAGCAAAGAAUAAGAGUUUGCAAAUUGGUAGAGAAGGUUCAUGUUGAACAAGCAGUAAUAAGUAUAAUGUGUUAGUUACAAGAAAAAGCACAGGGUGCCAUGGGAUGUGUACAUAAGGUAGACUCUAUCAAUGGUCAGGAAAGACUUCUCCAAUGGCAUCAAUUGAUUAGAUAAAGGACAAGGAAAGGGAAAGGAAGGCUCUUGGAUGAAGAAAGAUCACAUGGUGCAGCAAAGGAAUGACAGGGGGCUGUCAUGGCUAGAACAGGGGAACAGGAGGGGGCCAGGACCACUAGAGGAGUCUGGGAGGAAAGGCUAACACAUUAGGGCUUUAUUCUGGAUGCAAUGGGUAGUCGUUAGAAGAUUUGAAACAGGAAAACUACAGGAUCUACUGAAGCUCUGUUUUAGGAAAACGAAAGAGCAGGUAAGACAAGAAAUGCGGAAUCAGAGAAGGAGACAAACCGUAAGAGACUCUGAACUCUAGGAAGUAAACUAAGGAUUGCUGGAGGCGAAGGGGUUGGGGGAUGGGGUAGCUGGGUGAUGGGCAUAAAGGAGGACGUGGUGGUGAAAUGGGUGUUGUAUGCAACUGAUGAAUAAUAGAACUCUACCACUGAAACUAAUGAUACACUAUAUGUUAAUUGAAUUUGAAUAUAAGAAAAAUUUUUAAAGAAAAAAAUAAAAAAUAACCAAACUUGGCAAUUCAUAAAUAAUUAAAACUUGAAUAUACAGAGAAAAAUGCAACCAGCAACAGAAGAGGAGGAUUAUAGAAAUAGAAACAAGCUUGGGAAGGAAGAUCAUGAGCUCAGUGUUGGGUAAGUUUCAAGUGUCAGCAGGACACCCAGGAGAUUAGGGAAAAGACUCAGAAAAAGAGUGCUUUAC